AUGCGACCGACUGGAAAGAUUUGCCAAUCCUACAGUGACGUAAUGAUCGAUAACGACGAUGAAGAUGAUUAUGAAGGAUAUUUUCUUCGCCCAGCCAACGAGUACAAUAUCAAAGAGAAAAUCAAAUUAGCCAAUCAGGAAUCCUUUGCCAUACCGACACCACCUUCGCCAAAAUUCGCCAUUGGUGAACGAAGGGUAACUUUUCGAGAACAAUUGGUUGACUACGAACCAGACGAAUAUAGUGAUGUCGAGGAAGAAGACGCGCCCGGCGAAACGAAUAGUAAUGCACAUGAUGUUGAACAAAAAUCGCCACUAGAUAUAAACGACUGCACGCAAAGCAAGAACGCUACUGGCGAGAUGGACGAGGUGGACGAAGAGAUUAUCGAAGAGCUGAGUAUAAACGAGCCACCAGAGGACGAUGUUGAAUCAGGGAUCCAAACCGUUACGGCAGAUGAUGAUGGCCAGGAAGAGGAAGAACAUGGAGAUUAUGAUGAACUGGAAGAAGAAGUAACCGAAUCUAGUUUUGAUACUGAAAUACACAAUCCAGAAACGGCCAGUGAGGACAGUAGCAGCCCGACCAAAACUCACGGCAGCGAAGAGGUUUCUGUUUCCGGUCAGGAAGAGGUGAACUAUUCCGAGGAAUCUCAGAAUGAUGAUGACAAUUCAGAAGAGCGUGAAAUUAUGAAAGAACGUCUAAUGAGAGAGUCGCUCAUGUACGAUCAGGAACGUGAUGAUAGCGAAAACGCCGUAGAGGAACCGGAUGCGGACAGAGAAAGUCCUGUGCAGGAACAUUUUCGGAAGAGAUCCAUGAAAUGUCAGCGUAAAUGCUGCCGUUUCAAAAAAACAACUGACGAGAAGCUUCCUUACUAUAAUGGUUUUCAUUCAGAAUAUGGCUUGUCUAAAGAGGAAUUGGAUGCCAAGAACAAGCGGUUGGAGGCAAAAAAGAAACGUUUUUACGAGCGACACCAGAGGAAGGUCGAAGAAAAGCAGAUUAAAGCUCAAACCAAUGAGGAAGCGUUCUCCGCGUGGCUGAAUAAAAAGUUGAAAAAUUCUAUAAAUAAGUACCAAAACAUGUACGAUUACAAGGAAAAGAAACACAAACGAAGACUAUCUAAAGAUAACAGCAUUAGCAUGACUGCGUGA